GUAUUCAAGAAUAAAUUGUGGCAAAUUGCAAGAGCUACACAUGAGGCAGACUGGAAGAAGUACAUGCAAGAGAUGAAAGAGUUGGACCAGGGGGCCUAUGAGUACUUGGAUGCAAUUGACCCAAGGCAGUGGUGCAAGGCCUAUUUCCAUGAACUCCCAAAGUGUGAUUUGCUUCUUAACAACAGCUGUGAAGUGUUCAACAAGUAUAUACUUGAUGCCAGAGAAAUGCCUAUAGUUACUUGUCUUAAGAAGAUCAAGGACCAAUUAAUGACUAGGUUUUAUAGCAAGAAUCUGGAAUCUGAGGAGAUGUGUGGUCAAAUUUGUCCAAAAAUUAGAAAAAAACUGGACAAAAAUAUUAACAUGUCCAACAACUGCACUGCAUUACCAGCUGGACAACACAUAUUUCAUGUUAAAGGCAUGGUUGGGGAGUAUGAUGUGAACAUACAGAAGGAGGAGUGUUCUUGUAGGGCAUGGCAGCUCUCUGGAAUUCCAUGUAGACAUGGAGUUGCAUGUUUAAGACAUGAAAGAAUUAAACCAGAGGAUGUUGUCAACAAGUGCUACAGCAUAGAUGCUUUCAGAGCUGCUUAUGGCAAGAUCAUAAUGCCAUGUAGUGAUCCUAGAGUGUGGCCUAAAACUAAUGGGCCUCAAAUGCUGCCACCACACUAUGAGAAGAAAGUUGGUAGGCCUGGAAAGAAGAGAAAGAAGAACCCACUAGAGGAGGACAAUGGAACUAGGAUGAGCAGACAUGGCAUUAUUGGACACUGCAGUGUGUGCAAUCAACCAGGACACAACAAAAGAAAGUGCCCUGAACUAGGUAGAGGACAACCAACAGCAGCACAUGAGGCAGGAGCAGAACAAGAUCCAGCAGCAGAACAAUAUCCAGCAGCAGAAGAGGAAGCAACAGAACAUGUGCAAACAACAAAACAUGUGCCAAUUCAGGUUGUGCUUCCAGAAUCACAACAAAGAACUAAACUACCAGUCAAGAGAAGGCCCAGUUGCAAGAAAAAGGCAUGUCCACAAGUGGGCAGAAGUACAUCUAAUAUGAUAUCUUCUUCUAUGAAUUAUGAUCUUGCUUCAUCUACUAUGAUUGAGAUUUUACAGGACCAAGCUAUAGCUACUCAACAAUCUCAAACAGCAGUGCCAGCUCCUCUACCAGAAAGCCAGUUCAUUGCAAACUGCAGAGAUGCCCUGCCAGCUCCAAGAAGCCACACUACUGCUACACUAGGUUUGAAGAGAAGGAAGAAAGUGAAAAAAACUAAGGAGAACAAAGCCCCAACAACUCAGAAGUGAAGAGCUACAAAGAUGUUAUGGAAAGAAGCAGUGUAGGAUGUUUUUCUUUUGCUUAGGAAACAAGGUGGUUUGUAAUGAAACCUCAUGCUAAGAUGUGGCUUUGGGUUUCACACAAACCAUGGAAAUGUAAUACUUUUGUUGCACAACUUCAAGACCUUGUAAUGUUGGGUCCAUCUAUCUAUCUUUCAGACUGCUUUGAAGUUCAGUUAGUAAAAGAAUGGCCUUGCAUAUUACUGUUUAUUUGUGUUGUCAAUGCUAGUAAAAAAAUGGUGCCAA